CAAUCUCUAAAAAUGUUAGAGUGAUUAUUUUCUAAUGACAAAAAUUGUCGACUUAACAAUCUGAAAAACAGCGUAAAAGAUUCAUCAUGGCUUCAGGAUUUAUAAUAUUAUUAUUAAUAGCUGUAGCAAUUGUUCCAGAGGUUCGACCGGGCAGUACUCCACCCUGUGCAAUGAUUCUAAUCGAUAAUAGGCCCCCAAAGGUUGGAGCCCUGGUCACUCCAAACCGAGUUUUAGCAGCUGCCGCGAAUUUUUCACCCUCACUUGACUCCGUAACAGUCCAAGUGGGAUGUAGGCGGCCAACUCUUUGCCGUACUCCACCAUCCAAAGUAGUGAAUUAUAUGAUAGACGUACCAUCUAACAUUGUAGCACUGACGAUUGAGCAUGACCCCCAGCUUAGGACGCCGAUCCAGCCAACACCAAUAGGUCCUCCAGGAGGAUAUUCUGACGAAUUGUGUAGUUUCACGCGAUUGGAGCAAUUUCCCAGAUGGAUAUGCUGGAAGUCUGUGUUAGUUCAUAGUCCAGAAGAGUGUGGAACGAGCGGAAUGAAUGUUCCUCCGGGGCACGCAUGUUUUACUUCACGUUACUCAGAAGAAAUCAUCGAUGAUGACGUUGGCGGUUUAAUAAUUUGCAAUGACCACCUGAUUGGAAUCAUGACCGGAUAUGAUGAGCGACAAAAUGAAUUAAGUGCACAGAUUAUGUACGAUUUCACUCAGCCUGGUGCGUUCCAUUAAAAGACGAGCCGAUGAUGGGGUCCAUGAGCCAGACGGCAUUCUUCAAAUUAUAAAAUCUUAUGAUAAGCUUGUGAUUGCAUCCCAUGCUUGUAUUUUAAACAUUUAAACUUUUGCACUUUAAACGUUGUCAUAGUAUUUAUGUUGCAUUGAAAACAAUUUUUACUGUAAAAAUUACUAGGACGGUGUAAUAAAUAAUGUCACAAAUUUAAUCGAAA